UAAUUUCUCUCAUUCAUUGUAUACUUUGGUGGAAACAAGUCUUGAAAGCUCCUUAAAUUAUUAAGACUAAUUUCUAUGGCCAAAAUUUAUCCAGAAACACUAAAUAACUCUUCUCCUUCUUCGUUUUCCUCUCCUUAUAUGAUGUCCACAAGAGAAACGUUUACUAUAUGGAUGAAAUCCCUAGUGUUCCAUGGCAAUGGAUGUACUGUAUUUAAUUCUAAAGGUGAAAUUGUUUUUAGAGUUGACAACUACCAAGAAAAAAAUAGCAAUGAAGUCUUUCUCAUGGAUCUUUUUGGAAAAGUUCUCUUCUCCAUUAAAAAAGAGAAACUUAGACUUUUUGGUCGAUGGAGUGGCUAUUUAAGUGGUGGAUUUAAAGGGAAACCAUGGUUUCAAGUGAGAAGGAAUUGGAAGUUUUCAAGAGGAGAUGUUAUCUGUAAUGUAAAUCUGGGGUGUGAAGAAAUUGUAGGAAGCUGCUACAAGAUUCAACAAACUGACAAAAAGUCAUCAUUUAGAGUCUCAAAUAGUUCUGGUCAACUUGUUGCACAGGUUAAACAAAAGCAGUCAUCAAAAGGAUUUGGCUUUGGUGAUGAUGUGCUAACUCUGGAAGUGGAACCUCAUGUAGAUUGCUCGUUUAUUGUGGCUCUUGUGACAAUAUGCGGUUUAAUUAAACGCAGAUUAUAAUCCCUUAAA